AGUCGGACAGGACCCUGUGAUGAGACAAGUGGAAGGCCGGAACCCUGUCACCAUCUUCUCACUGGCGACAAACGAGAUGUGGCGUUCUGGGGAGGGAGAGAGCAGCUCAACAGGUGAUGUGAGCCAGAAGACGACGUGGCAUCGCGUCUCAGUGUUCAAACCAGGUCUGAGGGAUGUCGCCUACCAGUACAUCAAGAAAGGGUCCAGGAUUCUAGUGGAGGGAAAACUGGACUAUGGAGAGUACGUGGACAAAAACCAAGUCAGACGUCAGGCCACCACCAUUAUCGCAGACAACAUUGUUUUCCUGAGUGACAACAUCCGAGACCGAACCUGAGGGACCCUUCUCCUUGCAUCCAACUACAGAACAACUUCAAGUUUUACUUUUCUUCUUCGUACCAAAAUAAGACUUGAGGACAACAAAGUAAAGGGACUGUUUAUUAUGAAAGGGGACAUAAGAAUUGACUGUGGGGCCCUCUGCUGGUAAAAAUGAAGAUGUCGAGCAGAAGAAAGAAGCUUUUUCAACAGCAACUUUGAUUGUUCUAUAUGUACAUAGUAGCAGUGGUUAAAAGCUAUAAAUAAACAAGGCCUGCUCUGUAUUUUUAAGUUUCCACUCUAGAAACUGUGACAUGGGGUUGUUUAUUUGGUAAUCCGUUCAAAAACAUGUUUUUCUCAAGUGUAGCUUUAAAAGCUGAAACGCUCUGGAGCGAUUCUUGUUCGUAUUAAAGAACAGUUUUAGGCUGAAAGGUUUUCUUCUUAAUUAAAGUAAAUCAUUUAAAUGGUUUUAAAUGUUCUUUUUACCAAAUAAAAAUUUGCCAACUAAGACUUCAA